AUGUCAGAUCCGACUAUUCGUAAGGAGAAAAAACCUCGCGGUAUAAGAAAACCGCUGAGUUGUACCGAAUGCAGACGACGUAAAUUAAAAUGUGACAGAAAUCUCCCCUGCUCGACCUGUGUUCGACGGGGCCGGACUGCAAAAUGCGGUUACAACAAUGAGCCUGGUGACCGUCGAGAACAAUCUAAUUCCAGGCCAGGACAUAUCACCACUAUCAAUGGAUCGCAUCCUAUAAUUCAAGUUGGUGAGAAUAGUAAUGUCCAGCCUAUUCCUAAAAGUAGGCUCAAUGAACUGGAGACGCAUGUUUUACAACUGGAAAGUUUGCUUCAAGAGGUACAAUCAUUUGAUGAAAGUGGCUUAUCAAAUAGUAUGCCAGCACCUCGACCUUUGCCUCAUCAUCAACACUCUACUGAUAGCACUAGCAGCCAUAGCACGGGAGAGACAAACCCUAGCGACACAUUUUCACCGCCUGUCAAUGGCCCCGUCUCCGUCAGUAGCACCUCGAGUAUAGGGUCUGUUCCAUCUACAUCAUCGUUUGAACGGCGGCCGAGCGAAGUUAGUCAGACGUCUGAUCCGAGUCCGACAACCACAGGUAGCCUCGAUAAUGCCACCGGUGUCAAUGGCUCGAAUAGCAACCCUGUCAAACAUAACAGUAACAUCAACUCUUUACUACAUCCCAGUCCUUCAAAUAUGACACCAGCAUCAGUAUCUUCCUCCUCGUCAGUAUCCUCCAAGACUGCAGAAGACACACUCACUGCCAUGGCUGGUAUUCACAUUCAAAGAGGACAUGGCCACACCAAGAGAAAGGAAGGAAGUAAUGGGGGUGAGAUUAUCUCGUCAUCGACCUCGUUUACGAUUCCAUCGGUGCAGCUAACAGCAUUAGUUGAUCAAGUCAACUUAUUAAAAAAUGCGCUAAUUUUAAAUGGUGCGGGAUCUAGUAACAGUACACCACAAGCUGACACUGUAAAAUCUGAGGCUAAUAACCCCAACCAUUCUGGACCAUCGUUUCCUCCCGUUUCAGGGCCUGCGACAAGCCCAUGGUUUCACCCAGAAGCUCAUGGGUUUCCAUUUAUGCAGCAAGGUGUAAGCCAUAACCAGUCUCUUACCAUUGAGAGUUUACUACCACGAAUCCCUCCCAUUCCAAUCUGUGACUAUCUAGUCCAAGAAUAUCUCAUGGUGUGUUCCAAUGUGUUUCAUGUAAUGUACAGCCCAUAUAUCGAGGAACGAUAUCAAACAUUCCGCAAUUACCUCGAGACAAGGAACGAUCCUACACCCAGCUUACCUAUCUUAGCAUUGAUGUUUGCUAUUUUUGAUUCUGCUGUGGCAUAUCUCGGUGACGAUGACAGAAGAUUAAUGGAGCUCAGCAAGAAAUAUGACUUCUUUGCGGAUCAGCCAUUGUACGCAAUGUCCGGAUUAUUCAGAUCCGCGGCAUUAGAGUGCCUUGUAGCAGAUAACUUUCUUCUCAAGCACAAUAUCCUCACUGUUCAAACUCUUUUAGUUAUUCUUGAUACAUCACUGCACAAAGAUGCUGAUGAUGGUCCAUGUUUCCCAAUAUUUGGACUGAUUAUUAGUAUGGCACUGACAUUGGGAUGCAAUACAGACUUGGAAGAAGGGUCCCCAUAUGCCAAGGGUGGUCUAAGUGUGAUAGAGCGAGAAGAACGACAUCGCUGCUGGGCAGGAAUUUUGUUGAUUGAUAAUCUGCUGACAUGCCUGUUUGGACGACCCUCAAUGGCUGUCAGUUUGUCUAGUCCUGGUUGUUUACCGAUGAAUACAAAUGACUUCUACCUCAAAAUGGGUAAUUAUGAACCAGUGAUUAACAACUCAGAAAUCACUCACAUGACCUUCAUUCUUUCAAAGGUGAAGAUUAGUAGCGUCUUCGCAGAUGUCUAUGCCCGAAUGAGGCAUAAACGACCCUUCACAUACGAAGAGGUGCUAGGUAUUGAUCAGGUUUGUAGGGCCAAAAAAGAACAGUGGGACAUGCCGUACAAGUCCAACCGGGGGUAUACGCAACUUUCAGAAGUCAAGUAUGAUAUUCUACAUAAUCUACUGGAUCAAAACUUGUUACUACUUCACCGACCAUUUUUUAAUAUUCACGAAGAGUCAAGACUAAAAUGUAUCAAAUCGGCUACUAACAUUGUACACCGUCUCAAAAGAUUCUGUGACGACCCACUUUACCUUCCGUUCAAUAUUUAUACUCGAGGUUUGGGAUUGUUCUAUUGCUUCCAUACUUCGGUGGUGCUGGCACUUGCUGUCGCUCAGGAAAUUGUUGCUCAUCGAGACCCUUUCAAGAUCUUCGAGGAUUUCGACCUUGGUUUAUCCAUUAUUCGGCGACAAAUUCCCUAUAGUAAAGUCGCUGAGCGCUCGUGCACGGUGCUCACCAGAUUCAGGUAA